UAAUGAGAUAAACACUAAACAGAUAAACAUUUUUAACUUUAUUCAAAAUUCUACAAUUUUAUAUCUUAAAUUUCAAUCAUUUGUUAUGUACUGAAUUAUACUAUUAUUUUGUGAUGCACCAUAUACAUCCAAGACCUUAUAAUGUUUUAAGCAUAACAAAAUAAAUUUUCGUUAUCGUGCGUUCAGCUUACGAUGCACAGUACUUAUAGAUUGAACGGCGUUAUAGUAUACAAGUGGUGAAUAGUUGGACCAUCCUGUGAACUUUGGAAGUUAACGGUAAUUUGAAUCAAGAAUUUUUACGAUUUUUAAACAAUUAUGAACAUUAUAAAAUCAGACGAUAAACUUGUAUUGAAGUCUUCUAUUCAAGAAUCAUUGAAGCACUCAUGCAUUGAAUAUUGUGUGGAAAAACGCGAAAAAUGUUCCAACACAGAAUGCUUUGUCAUUUUUUUGUCACUACUAAUAGCAAUGUAUUCAUAUUUAAGUAAUUCUAUAGUAUUAUGUCCAAAAACUAUUUCUAUAAUUACAAUUUCCUUGAUCAUAUUUGCAUUACGGUUUAGUUUCAAAGUCUCCAACGAAUCAUUACUGAUAACAGCUCCCAUUGGAUUACAGUUGACUACAACUUAUAUAACUGGGCAUCAAAGGGUUUUUUCAUUACCUUGGGAAAGUAUUAUUGAUGUACUUAUUGUUGACAUUAUUCAUACUCAAAAAGUAUUAUAUUAUUUGGCAAUUAAAACACCUCAAAAUGGGAUAGUAACAUUAUUUCAGAAAAGUGCACCAAGGUUACAUUUCUUAGAAAUAAUAUACAAAGAUAUUUACAGGCUACUGGAAAACAACAGAUGAAGUAACUAGCAAAUAUCAAACUUAAUAUAUUUUUAUUUUGUUACAUUAUAAAAUUGAUUAUAUGUCCAUUUUGGAAAAACCCGUUUGUACAAAUUUAAGCAUACAGUGUCUUGAGAUUUUACUUGACCAUCAAAUCCACAUUUCAUGUGUCCAUGAGUACCUGAGAACAGAAAUAAUUAUAUUUAAUACAAAUAGAAGACAUUUUUAAACGUUUGUAUCCAACUAUUAUUUUAAAUUGAAAUAAAUUAAGUUAUAAAACAUA